UAAGAAACUCUUAAAUAAAUAAUUACUGAAAAGUAGACGCCGCGUAAAUUUCCCAUCUUCCUCGACCGGCGAAAGUUCAUUCUCUUUUCUCCAUCCCAGAAACGUAUCGAUUAAGAAAAAGCUCUCAUCUUUCCGUAUAAAAUUCCUAAUUCCUUCUCGUUUCUCGAUCUCUAUGUAUUCACGCAGUAUAUUUUGAUUUAUUUCUCUGGAAUUGGAACAGAUCAGAUCCCGUCGUUUUUUCUGAAUCAACCGGAAACAAUGGCCAAUUCGUCGCCGGCGAUUCUCCCGAUUUCUAGCUCGCAACCCGCCGUAGCUUCUGACAGCGCCGUGGGACCCACCCCUGCGUUUCGUUCUUUCAUCAAUAACAUAUCUGAUAUUGUCCGUCACGGCCUUUCCAACCGCCGUCCCUGGGCGGAGCUAACUGAUCGCUCCGCCAUGUCGAAGCCGGAGUCGUUCGCCGAUGCCACGCUCCGAAUCCGGAAGAAUUACGCGUAUUUCCGGAUCAAUUACCUCGCUCUGAUCGCCGUCGUGCUCGGCGUGUCCCUAAUCACAAACCCUUUCUCGCUAAUUUUCCUCGCCGGUCUCUUAGCGGCGUGGUUCUUCCUCUACCUCUUCCGCCCCUCCGAUCAGCCGCUCGUCCUCUGCGGCCGCCAAUUCUCCGACAAGGAAACCCUCGGCGGCCUAAUUGUCACCACAAUCAUCGUGAUUUUCCUCACCAACGUCGGCUCCGUCCUCGUCUCCGCUCUCCUGGUCGGCGUCGCCGCCGUCUGCGCCCACGCCGCUUUCCGGGACCCGGAAGAUCUCUUCCUCGACGAGCAAGAGCCUCCCACCGUCGGCUUCCUCUCUUUCUUGACCGGCGCCGCCACAACCGCCUCAGCUCCCGGCGUCGCCCCGAGGAUUUGAAAAUUGCAUCGCCGCCGCUCAUUCUCGCCGCCGUUUCAUAUAAAUUCAUUAAAUUUUUAGUUUUUAGUCGAUAAUCAGAACAUACAGAGAGAAUCAAUUGAAUUCAUUAGUCAUAUUAUUCAUGGCAUUCUUGUUUUUUGUUGAUAUCAAUUAAUGAGAAUCGUUAGUUUUUUUUAUUUGUUGAAUCAAGAAAUCAGAGAACAUAGUUUGUGAUGUAUUGGGAGACAAUGAAAUUCAACAAUUCGUUGGUUGCAUGUGUAGAUGAGCUUUUUUGUGUUUGUGAUUACAAGAAAA